GUUUCAGACAUGCCUGCUUCCACACAUGUGCCUUGUUCAAUGAGGAAAGAUGCAAUUAAUAUAAAUAAUGUAGCUAAAUAAAAAAGACCAAUACUAGUCCAACAUGAACCAGAAAACCGCCAUUAAUUUAAAACUUAAAGAAAUCCUUCCUCAAAAGUAUAAGACAAUCAAAGUCUUGGGCAAAGGAACCUAUGGCGUCGUACUCAAAUGUUUGGACCGGGAAACCAAAGAAAGCAUGGCUGUUAAGAUCGCCAGGCCGGGGAGGAACAUCCAUCGCGAGGCAUCCAUACUACAAAUGCUCAUGGACGUUAGACUGGAUCGGGACAACAUCGUUAAGUACUACGGUGCCUCUUCCAGCGACAAGUAUCUCGUGUUCGAAAUGUUGGAUAUCAGCCUGUCAGAAUAUUAUCAGGCAAAGGGUCGUAUGACUCUUAAGGAAAUCAGACCCGUAAUUCAGCAACUCGCCACAGCAUUUGAUGCUCUAAAAGCCGUGGGAGUGAUCCACGGUGAUGUUAAACCAGACAACAUCAUGCUGGUGGAUCACGGACAACGGCCGUUCAAAGUGAAGCUGAUUGACUUCAGUGUGGCUCUCAGUCGACAUGAAGCCAAGAAGGUCUUAAUGAGACAGGUUGCUUAUUUCAGAGCUCCAGAGAUUAUCCUUAGACAGCCGUAUUCCGAGGCCAUUGACAUCUGGUCACUGGGUGUUGUCAUGGCAAAGAUGGUGGUUGGCAUUUUUCCCUUCAUGGGAACCACAGAUUACGAUUUACUGCAAUGUAUGAGUGGUGUCGUUGGCCUGCCGCCAGACAAUGUUCUAAAAGAUGGAAAGGCAACAACAGAGUUUUUCAAAAGGACAGAUUUGGGACAGUGGACUUUCAAGACACAUAAAGAAUAUUCAAACGAGUCAAACGUCCAAAUGAGUCUUCAGAUACGCACAAUGGAAGAAAUUAUCAAGAUGUUUCCAGAGAGCGGUAACGAGGUUGACAGCUUUUUUGAGCUGCUAAAAGCAAUGUUCAAGUGGGACCAGAGAGAGAGAAUUACACCCGGCAAAAUUCUCAAGCACCCAUUUAUCACCAGGAGCUACAUCUACAACAGCUCCCACCUCACCUUGCCUCCGGGACUUCAUCGGGCCCUCCGAGCAGUCACACACCAGACCGCUGUGAAAUGCACCAAACUGGGCUGCAGAUGCGUCGGUGAUUCUCCGGCUCACCCACAUAAAAGGGACAAACGCCCUUCAAAGACAAAGAAUAUGCACUGUAUCAAACGUUUAUUCUCCUGGAUAAAGAAAAACAUUUUACUGUUACUGCUUGAAGGCGCUUGUUCAGCGAAGAUCCAGUAGGUCAAAGGGCCUUGAUAUUCUUCAUUCACUUUUCAUGUGGACAGAAAACGUUCCAACUAUUGCAAAGGUAUGACUAAAAUAAUGAUGUAACCACUCAAUUAUUUUUAAAUUUAGCCCAGCUACUGUGGUAAAAUGUAUUAUUGUCUUUUGCAAUCUCUAUAAUAGGAUAUAAAGAAAAAAACAUGGUGCUGAUAGUACCACAAACCAAAACUCGAAAGAAUCAUGUCCCUGCAAAUAUGUUCAGUGGUUCAGUUGGUGUGCUAAAAAUGUAGCAUUUUUUUCCACUGAAUUCCCUUAAACAAUUAUGAAACAAAAUCUAUUGAUCAACUUUCCAAUGGGAGAAGAUCUAAAGGUUCCAAAAUGAUUCUUUGUCAGUUUUUUUUUUCCCAUAGCUGAAAUCUACAUGGAUCUAACCCAACUCUCCAAAGCUGGUGACAUGUUGAGGCAAAAUUAAUGGCAUGUAUGCCAGUUGCAACCAAGUAAUGCUCUUUUUACCUUUUACCCCGAUUGCUUCAAAUUUUCAAUCGGUUCCACACAACCAAUCAAAUUAUGAACAAUCAUCUCAAUGACUAAUCAGUGGUUAUCCUCAACAGUAGUUUGUGUACUCAGCAUUUUUUAAAUUGGAGUGCUAAGAGCAUGCACUGUCAGCUCAUCUUGUAUUGAAUCCUCUGAAGAAGGAAAACCCGACAAAUGACAUUAUUGGAUGAGACUGCAGGAGCAAAAGCAAGUAAAAGAAAAAAAUCAUCUAUUUUUCAUAAGGAUGACAGGCAUUUUAUAAAAUGGUAGGAAUAAAGUUUUAUUUUUCAUAUGAAUUGAGUGAUUUUGGAAUCUUUUAUUUUUUACAUGUUGCUCUUGAUAAAACUUGCAAAAAAUCUAGCAUAUUCCAAGAACGAUGGACAUGAAGAUAAGGGAAUUUAUUGCUGAAUGCUAAAAUGAAUACACUAUUUUUUUUUUUCACCAAGUGGGGAAAAAAUAAAAAGAAACAAGUUU